UAAAUCCAACAAUCUCAAUAGUUUAAGCCGAAUUUUUAAUGAUUUAAAAAGUUUAAGAAAUAUAAUUUGACAUAUAUUAAAAUUCAGGAAUCUAAAUUAGGGUGCUAAAGAUGAAGAAGUAAUCCCCUUCAAGAGAGAGUAAUAAACACUACCUAAAUAGUGAAGUUUCCUUUUUGGGUUGACAGACAGAGUAAUAAACACCACCCAAAUGGAGAAAUUUCCUUUCACCAAAAAUUGGGUAUAUUUUCCAUGAUCCACUAUUGACUAAAGAAGGAAAAAAGAAACACAGCUCCCAUAUCUUUAUGGUCUAAACCCAAAAAUCUCUCUAUAUAAACACUAAUCUUUACAACAUUAUUCCAUCAUAUUCUCACGAUAGAAGUGAAAAAAUUAAAACAAAGAUAUUUGCUUUUAUUUUCUGGUUCUAUAAUCUAAACCAAAAAAAAAAAAAAAUGAACACCAUUUCGAUUUUUUGCUUUGUGACCCUUGUCUCCAUUGGUCUGAGCCAAAUCCCUCAUGUUCAAGGAGACUUGAUCUCUAAUGCAUGUAGCAAAGCUUUGUACAAAGAUCUUUGUGAGAAGACACUGCGAGCAGACCCUAGUAGUGGUAGUGCCACUCUCGGUGGUUUAGCCAAAAUCGCCCUCCAAGCAGCGGCUUCGAGUGCCAAAAACACCCAAGCCCAGAUCACUAGCCUACUCAAAACCGCUACCGAUAAGAGUGUCAUAGCGGCCUUGAAGGAUUGCAGCGAUAAUUAUGAUAGCGCCAAUGAGGAACUCGGUGACUCGCUCAAAGCUAUUGAUGCCAAACACUAUGACGACGUUAAGACUUGGGUCUCGGCUUCCAUGACCGAUGGUGACUCGUGUCAGAGUGGGUUCAAAGGAAGCUCUCCUUUGACACAAGCCAAUACCAAAUUUAGUCAACUUUGCAGCAAUGUUUUGGCCUUAACCAACCAACUUGGUUAAAUCCAAUAUUAAUCUAGUGUUUAUUUUGAUUUUUCUAGCCAUUUUUUUUUUUAAAAAAAGAAUAAGAAAUUAAAAGACUAUUAUAAGAAUAAGCAAUGUAGGGAAAAUGUAAACGAUGGAGCUUGUAAUUCGUGGUGUGCUCUCAAAUAAUAUAAUAUUACUACGUUUUGAUUUAUAUAUAUUGGUUCAUAGGUAAUUUAUUUAUUUGCUUCUCUAUUA